ACGCGCUCUUUGGCAUUUGUAACGGACUUCAUUAUAACAAAUAUUUACUAAGUAAAGGAUUAUCGGAUUGUCCACAGCAAGAGAUACCGUUGUUGGCGGAAGCAGUGCCGAUGAGUUGUGAUUAAUUAGUGUUAAAAAAAAAAAACAAAAAGAUGACAACUUUGCUCCGGCUCGCCUAUGCCUGUUUUGUGCUUUUCGAGUUCAUCAAAUUUGGAAGUUGUUGGACGAACGAAAUUGCGGGGGAGUAUUUAGCCUACAAUGCUUCAACCAAAGAUUUAGCAUUAGACAAAGGUCCAAAACCUUUGGAAAAUCAAGAAAUUUCCUUGGAAUUGCUAGACGAUGAGAAUGCUUCAGCCGAUUCCAUCGACAAUCCCAAUGAAAAAAAUUUAAAUAUCCUAAACAAUUUGAGCAACAUUGAUUUUGAGCCCUUAUAUACAAAAAUUGGCACUGACAAUGGCUAUUCCUGCCUGCUGGACGACAUCAAGAAUGUCCUGCUAUGGUGGACUUUUCCCAAUGGCACUCUGCGAAAUCACCAAUGGAAAUUUGAGCCGGAACUGAAUUACCUGGAUUUGUCUUAUCACCACUACUCGUCGGACGAGGUGCUCUAUAAUACAACACGACUCUUUGCAUCCAAUAACAUUGUAGUCUUUUCGGCUGCACACAAUAAUCUCACCAGCGUUCCGCGUCGUACAUUAGAAUCAGUGGCUGAUAGUUUGAAGUAUCUGACAUUGUGCGGAAAUAAAUUUAAUGGCCUUAGUUUAGAAACUCAGAGGGAUGGUGUAGCUUGGGCCUCAUUCCCCAUCUUGCCGAAACUUGCCGAGCUGGACAUUAGUAAUUGCAAAAUUGAACACAUUACUCGGGAGGUGUUUCGAAAUGUAACCAACUUGAAGAACCUUUACAUGUCCCACAACAGAAUGUUGGUGCUGCUUUCCGACACCUUUUACUAUGUGCCAUCUCUGCACUAUUUGGAUUUGUCCUUUACCAAUACCUUCGACUACAGUACCAAGCCUUCGCUGGACUCCAUUAUCAAUCUCUUCUAUGGUCUCAAAAUUCAACAGUCUACCUUUAAGUAUUUGCCAAAUCUAGUUUAUUUGGAUAUGUCACACUCAAAGUUGACCCGCAACAGUGCGGUGGCCUUUAAUCAUUUGGGUGAUAAAUUGCGUUACUUAAGUUUAUGCUUUACAGCAUUUCCCGUGAUUGGGCAUGGAAUGUUUAAAAAUCUUGAGGGAAUGGAUCUGUCGGGCAAUGCAUAUGCUGCAUACAAUUUACUCGAUGGAGUCUUCGAUGGUAUGUCAAAAACUCUAACGGUUCUGUAUUUCGAGAUGUCCAACUUGAAGAAUAUUUCAUGGAUAAGAAACAUGAGUAAGCUAAGAAUACUGGGUUUAGCUGGGAACAACAUCAAUUCCAUAUCCUCGAAUUUAUUCAGUACGCUGACGAAUUUGCAGAUAGUCGAUCUCAGUUCCAAUCAUGUUGGCAAUUGGUAUAACCGAGUUUUUGCCAAUAACAAAAAUCUAAGGGUACUCAGCUUGCGUGACAAUAACAUAAACAUCAUCACUUCGGAGAUGUUAAAGGACUUUACCCUUUUGGAUUACCUAAGCAUGGGAGAGAAUAAUUUUGUUUGCGAUUGUUUGUUACGAGAUUUGGUUGAUGUUUCCGAAUCGAACAAUCAAAAUUGUGCACGCCAAGUUGUUGCAGACGCUUUGCAAUAUUUGAGUGGCAAGGUGCCAUCCUUUCCCCUUGACACACAAUCCCUGUUGAAUAUGACUUCAAUUUUGGGUUCGCAUGCCUUCAAAAGAUUGCAAAAGAAAAAUGAAGAACGCUCUCCGAAUGGGUAUCGUCUGAGUAAGAAGUUUCGUUUUGUUGUCAGACGUCAAGCUUCACUUAAGACCGCCGUGCCUUGUACACCAUUUAAUUCUUCUCCCUCCCAGAAGUAUAAUCGCCUCAAUGAGACGAUGCUAUUGAAAUUUCAACUUUUGGACUAUGAGGAUGAGCAAUACUGGUGUUUCAAUGAAACCGAGAAACUAAGUUUCGUCGAUUUGAAUUGCCACAAACGUUCAUUGGUCGAUGAUAUCACCAAUCAGUUGAAUAGUCUGACUUUCUAUGUUCUAGUCAGCGUGGGAACUUUGUUGGGUGUAUCGCUGGUGGUGGCUAUUAUCUACGUUAAGCGUUGGCAUAUCUACUACUACUAUUCAUCUCUGAAGUCGGCAGCUUUGAUGUCUGAGGCUGCCAAGGAUAGAAUGAACAGCGCCUAUGAAGGUGAUGACAUGAUGUAUGACAUAUUCAUAAGCUAUUGUCAAAAUGAUCGUGAUUGGGUGCUGCACGAGCUGAUGCCCAACGUUGAGGAGAAUGGUGAUAUUUCCAUAUGUCUACAUGAAAGGGAUUUUCAGAUUGGAGUUACCAUUUUGGAUAAUAUUAUAUCGUGUAUGGAUAGAUCUCGUUCCUUAAUGUUAAUAAUAUCUUCGAAUUUUCUUCUAAGUCAUUGGUGUCAAUUUGAAAUGCAUUUGGCACAGCAUAGAAUGUUCGAUAUCUGCAAAGAUCAACUCAUACUUGUCUUUCUGGAAGAUAUACCACGUAGUAAACGUCCAAAAAAUCUUCAAUAUUUAAUGGAUGUUAAGACAUACAUCAAAUGGCCAGGUUGCAAAAACAAUGGAAGACAUCGUCCCGAAGAAUAUAAAGUGUUUUGGAGACGUUUAAAGCGUUCAAUGCAAAGAAUGGCAAACAAUGCCUAGUAAUGGUAAAAAACUUGUAUGAAUGAAGGUACGAUUAUACUAAGGGCGUCCCAAAAAGGAACUGCAACAGAAGUGUCAUUUGAUGCCCGAUGCCCAAUAGCCACCACCUCCCUUAUGUAUAAAGCUAUCCUGGAAAAAUAACUGCAUACAUAGAGAUCGAUGGGAAUGUGGGAUUUGACGCCACUUUGUAUUGUAUAGAAAAAUAGAAAAAUGGUAUUGGUGUUCGUUUAACUCAAUAAUUUAACUGAAUUAAUAAAACAGUUGUAUUAAACCUCA